ACUGGUAAUCAGUCCGUCAGUGAGCUCGGAGUCCAGCCAUGGAUCAGACGUACUGCAUAAUCGGUCUAAUUUUGGUGGCAGUCUCGCUUCUGUACCGGCAUUUGACCAGCACUUACGGUUAUUGGAAAGAAAAGUCUGUACCAUGUUUGGAUGGAGCUUUACCUGGUCUCGGACACGUCGCGCCGAUGAUUUUUCUGCGGAAGCAGAUGUCUGAUUUGUACCGAGAGUUCUACAACAAGAUGCCGGAUCGCAGUGUAAUCGGUUUCUACAACUUUCGAAGCCCGUCUUUGAUCCUGCGCGAUCCGGAACUGGUGAAGUGCGUAAUGUCGAAAAACUUCAAGGAUUUCUCCGACAAUAACUUUGAUAUAGACAAAAAGAUGGAUCCUAUACUUGCCGCCAAUCCCUUCUUCACAAACGGAGAUCGUUGGAAAGCCUCGAGACAGCAAUUGACCUCAGCCUUCACCUCGGGAAAGCUUAAAUAUUUAUUCGAGUCGAUCAGGAUCGCUUGUGCCGAGCUUGACGGGUAUGUGAAUAAAAAAUGCAGCGGAAAAGGUCACCGCGAUACAGCCGAGCUGGAAUUAAAGGAUCUAUUCUCGAAAUACACUGCUGAGAUCGUCGCAAGCUCAGCCUUCGGUGUCGACGGUGACAGCUUUAAAAGUGACAGUAAAGACGGACCGUUCAGAGCCGUUGGACGACUGGUGUUCGAGCCGAGCAUCGCGAAGGGUCUGAUCCAGACCAUCGUGCUGUUCGUACCGAUGCUGUCGAGGAUUCUGAAGAUACGUUUCAUACCCAAAGAAGUGGAUCAGUUCUUUAGGAAGAUCGUCCAAGACGUUAUGAAGCACAGGGAAGAGCGAGGCGUAAAACGUCCGGACUUCUUGCAGCUCAUGAUCGAGGCUAAGAAGAACUCCAAGGUCGACUCGAGCUUGGAUCAGGUCUUCGAUGACAACGUCAUCACCGCUCACGCUGCCUCCUUCUUCUUCGACGGGUACGAAACUGCCAGCAUCACCUUAAGCUUCCUGGUAUUCCAGCUUGCCGCACAUCCCGAAGUCCAAGAUCGUCUCCGCCGAGAAGUCGUAGACGUCGUUUUAAAGAGUGGUGGCCUCACUUACGAAGCUGUCCAGGAAAUGGUGUACAUGGAUCGAGUCAUCAACGAGUCAACGCGCCUUUUUCCCGUUGCCGGAGCUCUGCUGAAACGGUGCACGAAUGACACCGAGCUUGUAGGUUCGGACGGAAUCACUUGUCCCGUCAGUACUGGAACUUUUGUCGUGAUACCGAUUGCUGCUUUGCACAUGGAUCCCGAGCACUGGCCGAAACCUGAGGAAUUUAAUCCUGAACGUUUCACCGAGGAGAACAAACAGCAGCGACACAAAUUUGUCCAUCUUCCGUUUGGAGAGGGGCCGAGGAUUUGUCCUGGACAACGGGUCGCCACGCUUAUCAUGAAAGCUGCUGUCGCGACGAUCAUUCAGAAGUACAGAUUCGAACUUUCGUCGCGUACCAAAAUUCCCAUUCAACUCGACCCGAAUUACUUUUUGACGACUGCUGUUGGCGGACUUUGGGUUAAAUUCACACCGUUGUAAAAGGAGCUGCUUCUCCAUGGACUGAUAAUGUAGGGGUCUUGGCCCCUUUGGCCUCGAAAGUCGAAUCGGUAGUGAUUCAAGGUCUGAGAAAUUAUGAUCGUAUUCAGUUUCACUUGAGUUUUUCUUGACUUGGUUUUUACAGUCAGUAUGUACAACAUUCACUUCAUUAAAAGUAUCUCAUAUCAUCCUUUCUAGUCUCUGUUCUAGUCUCUGUUUCGAAAAUCUUGCUUGUUAACAACGGGAGAAACAAAAUGGUUUACGCAAUUGCAGGUAAUUUUGUAUGCCAGAAAUUAGUUGUGAAAAAAAAGAGCAGUCCUUGUUCAGUCAUAGUCCGUUUCCUACGAUUCCUGAACUUUACAUUAUAAUAAAGAUUUUCAACAUAUAUCAGGUUUGGUGAUGAGAUUUGUACAAGUAAUUGUACCUGAAAAUUUUUACGGUUGUGAUUUGAGGUGUUUUGCAUUCAAGUAGAGAUAUUGGAUUUAAAAUUUAUGUAUAAUAACAAUACCAUACAAUUAUCGCAUAAUAUGAAAAACUCUGACCUGGUACAAUCUUAUCGACAGACUGAUAACACUAACCGCUAGACGAGAAGUUACAGUUCUCGAUCAUGUUUUUAACCUUGGAUAUGUAUCACCCAGCGAGUUACUGCCAAUUUGCGACUAUCGCCACUUGUCGUUAUGACCUACUUUAUUGCGAAGCUCAUUUACCCAUUACCGCCAAUUUAAAUAGCUAUCAUUGCUCAAAGUGCGAUAUGAGAGGAUUUUUCUUCAUCCAAAAAUAGUAUCAUUGUUUUUUCUCCUCGUGAAAUCAACGUAACGGUCUUUUUAAUUGUUUGAAUACGACGGAUUUGGUAAUUAAAUUAAGAUUGGGGCCAAAGACAAGCUUAAUGAUUGAUCGAACAGAUUUUUUUCAUACAUGAAUAAGAGAUUGAAAAAACCAUUGCCCAUUGACGAUAACUGUUGAAGAAAGUGAUACGACGAAUAAAAUUCUCCUGAAUCGCAUGAA